AGUGACAAAGUGACAGACAGUGAGGAGGAGGAGGAGGAGAAGGAGGAGAGUGAUGCAGGAAGCUCAGAGGAGGUGACGGAAGACGACACUUGUAACGAUGAGAAGGAGGAUGAGCCGGGUGGUAACAAAGAGUCAGCAGAGACGCCGGGGAGUGAGGAGAGCAGUGAGGAAGAAGCCGAGGCGUCAGAUACCCAAAGAGACACAGAGCAGACGGCAAACGAGGAAUCCGACAGACAAGAGCUUUCUGAGGACGCCAAAUCUGGGAACGAAUCAGAGGUUGAAUCCGGUGAAGAAGAGGAAGAGGAAAAAAAGAAGAAGGUUAAGGAAACUAAGGCAGUAAGUAGUGAUGGGAGUGAAGAUGAAGAGAUAACCCAGGGGGUAACAUCUGGAAGGCGUACCAGCCGGCAAGUUAAUCGGACUCAACGUCCCACGAAACCUGUGCAAGAGCCGAAGAUGUUCAAAAAAACCAAAGCAGACAAGCAGGCAGAGAAGGCUGAGAAGCAGAGGGCCAAAGCAGAGAAGCAGAGGCUAGAGAAGGAAGCCAAACAGAAAGCCAAGGAAGAAAAAAAGAACAAAAAGAAGCAGAAGAAGGAGGACAAACCCAGUUCUGCCGCAGAGGAAGUUCAACCACAACAAAGGCCUGACACAGCAGAGGAAGAGACUCUUGCAGAAGCUGAUCAAGAUGAGGAAGAGGAGACGGCUCAACCAACUCUGACUAAAGCACUCAAAGGCCAAAACAAAAUCCUGCUUCUCAAAAACAAAGGGAAGGAUCUCAAAGCAUUUCUGGAGACGGAGGAGCAGCAGAGCUCUGGUAGCGCCAUCAAAGGGCGACCACAGAGCUUGCUGUUGGGGAAGGUAAAGACGAUGUCUACCCAAGACAAAGCAAACAAGCUGUCAGGCGAGGAAACAUCAGAGAGUGAGGGGAUUGAAGGUGAGUCGAGCAAAAUCAAGGAACGCUUGAUAGCACAAAGAAAAGGCAUGAGCAGUCUAAACAGGAUGUCUGGUUGGCUUCAUAAGAACAUGCCGCGGGGGGUAAACUUGAGGAAGAAGCUGUCUGCUUGGACUCGAGCAAUCAGCGUAUCACGCUGGCUAUCACUCCGUCGGAUAACACAGAAACAAGUUCCCAGAAAAUCAAAGAGCAGCAUCCUCAAACACCGCGUGGCGAUGAGAGUUGCCAGUAAAACCAACCUUGCCAGCAAGAAAAAUAGGGGCAAAGCAGGGGAUGGAGGCAAAGAAGCAGACCAAGCUGGGGAGAAGGAGGUAGAGGCCAAAUAUGCCGUGGUUCUGCCGAGGAUGAACAAACUGGGCAAGGCAGACACAGCCGAGGUGUCAGAGACCGCGUCUAUACCGUCAACUACUACCGGAGAACAUGCUACGUCACAGCCCAAACCCCCGAAACCAGGCGCCAGGCUCGUGCUUCCUGUCAAACCGGAUCUCAGCCUUUUGAAGUCCAUUAAGAAGCCCUUACCUGGAGGUUUAAUCACAGGUGGAGAAGUAGCAGGGAGGAGCCCAGGAACCAGCGCUGCACUGGAAGAAUCCUCCAACACUGAGGAUAGAAACAGGCAGUCAGUCCUUGGAAAUCAAGAUGGAGUCAGUGUUCUACAGGCUGCCAGAAUUAAACUAGACCCCUCCCAGAUCAACCUGUCCAAGAUAUCCUUAUCAGGAGGAACAUUAGGGGGAGAACGGACUCGAGCAAAGAGACAAGAACCAGUGAUAGAGGCUGCACCUGGGAUACCGAGGUCCACCACUCAGCCCUUUUCAAAUGGGGGUGCAGGUUCAGGGGUGGCAGGUGUCCGGUCCUUGUAUGAAGAAGAGGCAGACAGGGAAGUUGCCCAGCUCAUGGGUGAGGGGGGUACAUAUGGUAUCACCCAACCAGAGGUGCACUGGGCUGGGAACCCACGGAUGAGUGGCGACCCUCAGGACUGGCUGCGUGCUGAGAACUUGUUGCCCCACCAGACGGUGGAGAAGCUAACCAAGUGGACGGUCUACGAUGAUGAGGGCCAGGCCAGGACUGUUCCUGCAGACAAUGGCAGGGGCCCCUGGGAAUCAGAGGACCCCACCCAGGACAUGCUGGAGAGUCGACUAACCAGCACUCAGGUGGUGAUUUCUGGGGGCCAGAGGGCUGUAGAGGUGGACGAAGUGGACGAUCUGUCUCAGCUGGAACAAGUGUGUGAGAGCUCUGUGCUUCUGAAUCUGAAGAAGAGGUUCCAGCGUGACUGUAUUUAUACUUACAUUGGAAACAUGUUGCUGUCCAUUAACCCCUUCAAGCCGCUCAACAUUUACAAAGAGGAGCUGAGACUGAAAUACCAGGGCAGAGAGCCGCAGAGAAACCCCCCGCACGUAUAUGCCAUAGCUGACGUCGCUUUCUGUCAGUCUCAAGCCUCAACUGAGGAGCAAUGCAUUAUCAUCAGUGGCCAGAGUGGUUCAGGGAAAACUGAAGCUACCAAGCUGAUUGUCCACUAUCUAAGCUCCAUGUAUCAGGGAAUAAAUGACAACCUGAGACAGCCUAUGGAAGCCUUUCCAAUCCUGGAGAGUUUCGGGAAUGCCAAGACCAUCCUCAACAACAACUCCAGCCGCUUUGGCAAGUACCUCCAUAUCCACAUUCUCCAUGGGGUUGUUGUUGGGACGUCUUUGUCGAAGUACCUCCUUGAGAAGUCCAGGGUUGUCUUUCAGGCCAAUGAAGAGAGGAACUACCAUGUGUUUUAUGAGCUGCUGGCAGGUCUGAAUGACUAUGACAAACAGGAGCUCUACCUGCAAGGAGCCGAGACCUAUUACUACCUGAACCAAGGUGGUGCUUGUGAAUUGAAGGGGAAGCAGGACAAGCAGGACUUCCAGCUUUUGGUUCAGUGCUUUGAGACCAUCGGUCUGCAUGCCGACCAUAUCUCUACUGUCUGGGCCAUCCUCUCUUCUAUCCUGCAGCUCGGCAACAUGUGCUUCAGCUCCUAUGAGAGCGAGUCGUUUGAGGUGGCUCGUGUCUUCAGUGAGGCCGAGGCAAGGAGGGUCGGCUCCUUGUUGCAGAUUUCCUCAGAGGCCCUACAGACUGUCAUCACCCACAGAGUAACAGAGACGACUUAUGACAGGAUCUACUGCCCUCUGUCUGUGGAAAGUGCCAUAGAAUCUAGAGAUGCUAUUGCCAAAGCCUUAUAUUCAGUGCUGUUUGACUGGUUGCUCGAGCAGAUCAAUGACUGGCUGAGUCCCACAGAGAUGGACAGCACAGUGGGAAUAGUCGACAUCUACGGGUUUGAGGAUCUUGCAGUGAACAGUUUUGAGCAGCUGUGUAUCAACUUUGCCAAUGAGCAGCUGCAGCACUUUGUCAACAAAGCAGUGAUCUCACAGGAGCAGGAGGAGUACAGUGCAGAACAGAUCCAGUGGUACCCAAUGCCACUCAAAAACUUCCACUCCUGCCUGGACCUGAUCUCCUCCAGACCACACGGCAUCCUACGAAUACUGGACGACCAGACCUGCCUCCCCCAGGCCACAGACCACACUUUCCUCCAGAAGUGCCACUAUCACCAUGGGAACAGCCCCUUCUAUGCCAAGCCCAAGAACCCACUGCCAGUCUUUACUGUCUAUCAUUACGCUGGAGCUGUCACUUAUCAGGUUCAUAAUUUCCUGAAUAAGAACCACGACCAGUUCAGGACAGAAGUGUUGGAGCUUUUUGCCAGGAGUCGGUUAAAGAUGGUGUCGGAGCUGUUCAGGAAGGUUCAGGAUGGUUACAUUCAGCAGAGAGAGCUCGGCUGGAGAGGGAAAGGCCUCCGACAGCAGCCGUCUACAGCUGCCUCACACUUCCUUCAGUCCCUGACUGAACUCACCACUCGUCUGGAGAGAUGCAAAACCACUUUUAUUCGUUGUCUGAAGCCAAACUAUGUCAAGCUCCCUGGGCUCUUUGACGUAGACUACAUGUCGGCCCAGCUGAGGCAUGCUGGGAUGCUGGAGACCAUCCACAUCAGGAAAGAGGGAUUCCCCACCCGCAUACAGUACUCGUACUUUGUAGAGAGAUAUGGCGUUCUCCUGCCACAGCGGGUCGAUGAAGUGUCAGACAGAGAGCAGACGGUCACUCUCCUGGACGCGGUUGGUGCAGAGGACGGACACUACCAGAUGGGACUCACAAAGGUGUUCCUGAAGGAGCUUCUGUUCCAGCAGCUGGAGGAGAAGUGGAGCAGCACACAGACCUGGGCUGCCAUCACCAUCCAGAGGAACAUCAGAGGCUUCAUCUGCAGGAGGAACUUCAAGUUCUUCAAACAGAAGGCUAUCGUCAUCCAGAGCCACAUCAGAGGACAUCAGGCCAGGAAGUACUAUAAGCGUCUGAGGCAGUCCUUCACUCAGUUCUGGGCGGUGAUGAUGAUCACCAGGGACACUAUCAAGAGACGCCAUUGGAGGAAGGAAUUUCAUGAGAAGAACAAAGUAAAGGCGGUGACAAAGAAAAAAUCUGUUUCUCCAGGAAUGGAUGUGGGGAUGUUGGAGAUCCCCGCUGAGCUGUCAGCCAGACUUCACAGUGCAGCAGGGAGGCAGCCCAGGUCAGGAGUCACAGUGGUGGGACCUCCACAGGUGAAGGCAGAACACAGACUCACUCUGCCUCGGGAUAUAGACAGAUACCCGUUCUCUCGCUAUGCCAAGUCCGUACUCAAGGACACGUGGUGCCAGCCUCAGGGACACCCCCUCCAGAGACCCCUCACCGCUCUGGAACCCGAAGAUGCCAGAACUGCCCUGGAGAUUUACAAACUGAUCUUGCGGUUUACAGGUGAGUCCGACCUCAGCAGAUGGCAGGAACAGAUGCUGGGUAACUACAUUGUGGAGAAGGGACAGAGCAGGCCGGCCUUGAGGGACGAGAUCCUGGCCCAGCUGGCCUACCACACGUGGGGCCUGCAGGAGGAUCAGGGCGGUCUGAGGGGCUGGCUGCUGCUCGCCUGCUGCCUCAGUGCCUUCACCCCGUCACCAACACUGGACAAACCCCUGCUCAAGUACGUGUCUGAUCGCGGCCCAGGGGAGUACCGCUCACUGUGCCAACACAAACUGCUGACAUCUCUGCAGCUCCCCGCUCCCACUGCCCGGACUUACCCCCCAACUGAGCUGGAGUGGACCAGCAACCAAAGGAAGGGUGCCAUGAUGCUGGAUGUACACACAUUCAACGAUGAACAGCUGACAACUGAAGUGGAGUCCUGGACCACAGGAGAGCAGCUGGCCUCAUGGCUCCUUCACUUCAGAGGCGUGUCGGAGGCGGGGCAGGGCUGGUCGGUGUCUCUCCUGACCGACGACGGCUGGUCAGACCUGGCCGGUUCGGACUUUGUCAUGGAUCUUCUGGCCGGAGUUGAAGCUGAAGUUCUGCCGCCACCUGGGACUCCCACCUCUUCGAACUCUGACUACCUGUUCAGCAGCCACGAGGACAGGAUGCCAUCUACAGAUCUGGAUGACUUCAUUCCACCAGCACCUCCCAUGCAAGCUCCUGGCCUGCCUCCAUAUGAGGGAAACCUCUGGGCCAGAGAGUAUCCACAAGAAGGCCGUGGUCGACAAAUGGAUGCCUAUGUCGACGACUUGUUCGACCCCGUGCUGGACCAAGGACCUCCAGACAUGGACAGAGUAGCCAUGCUGCACCGCAGGAUGAGAGGAGGAGGAGGGAUUGGACCCAUGCACAGCAUGUACGGAGCCGGUAUACCAAUGACGAUGCCAAGUUAUCCCAUGGGAAUGCCUUCAGUGCCCACCUAUGGUGCAACUCCCAUGAUGCCAACAGCCAUGCCAACCAUGCCAGCUAUGAUGAUGCCUCAGACUCCGAUGGCGGCCGCUCCUGUCGCUGACCCCACGCAGAUGGCUGCAACACAGCAAGCUCUCAUCAACCAGCAGGCCUUCCUCAUGGCGCAGCAGAUGACCAUGCAGGCGAUGACUCUGUCCCAGCAGCAGACGCAGGAGCAGCAGAAGAAGCAGAAGAAGAGGGAGGAGCAGGAGAAGCAGAAGAAGAGGGAGGAGCAGGAGAAGCAGAGGAAGAGGGAGGAGCAGGAGGAGCGGCGCAGCCGUCCAUCAGAGCGGAGGCCAAGGCAACGCUCACCGUCCCCUCAAUCUCCCUCACCCCCCCCACCUGUCCGAUCCAAAGCUCCUGCUCCUCGACGCAGCCAAAGGCAGCCAGAGCCAGAGGUAGAAGUGGACAUGCCAUACCCAGAAGACCGUCAGUCUUUCAGAGACAAGAGGGAAUACUUCCAGAAGAUUGGUUCUCAGCCUCCCAGUAAAUCCAGAACUCCAAAAUCUCAACCGGCCCGCUACAGUCCACCCAGACACAGGCAACACUCCCCCCCAUCACCUCACCGUUCACCCCCAUCCACAGCACCGAAACCUGAGGUGAGGCGUCCUCGCUCUCCCCCUGCCAGACAAGCAAAUCCCCCGAUACCAACACCCCCACCUUCCUCUCCGUCUCAGCCGGAGCCCACCUCCAGCAUCCGAGAAAUCAUCAAAAUGUACAACAGCAGACCCGCUCCAGAACCCAAACCCUUCAAGCCUGUCAGAACUUCUGCACGACAUUUUGUAAAGAAAAGUGACCCCAAACAAGAAGCUCUGGACAAACUGAAAAACAAAGCACCAGUGCAGCAACAGAAGAAACAGUGGGUGCCUCCUCUGCACAGGACCCCCUCCAAUCAUUCCCCUCCUCCCUCCAACAGCGGCCCCCGCGUCAUCUCCGACAGCAUGAGGCAGAAGCAGCGCUCCCUGCAGGACAUGUUCCGCUCUCAGGACGACCAGGAUCCUCCACCUUCUCCACCUGAUUCUCCACCCCCGCGGUCUCCUCCUCCUCCUCCUCAACAGCCGGCACCUGUCCUCCAGAACAUCCCGGAGCCCCCGCCCAUGGUUGCACCGUCUCUCUAGUUACCAGAUGAGGACGGCGUUCUUUCACAGCUCCACCCGUUCUCUCCCGGUGUUCACUUGUCUAACACCAACGUGCCGGGAAAACUUUUCCUGAGAAAAGAAGUGUUUUAUCCCAAAGAGAUGUUCAACCGGCCCUACAUCCUCAAUCUGCUGUGUGAACAGAUCAUGAGGGACACUUACUCUGACAGCUGUGUGAGGCUCAGCAGAGAGGAGAGGAAGAAGAUGAAGGACCUGCUGGCAACCUUCAAUGUGGGAACAACUAUCAGCACCAUCGAGAACGAACACAUGAAGAAGAGGAUCGUCAUCGCUGCUCGAGACAACUGGGGAAACUACUUCACCCGCCUGUUCCCUGCGAGGUUGGACAGUGGGGAUGCUCAGGUGCUGGGUGUGUCUCAUCGUGGCAUUCGUCUCCUGAAGGUGGUCAGAGCUUCAGGCAUCAACCCCAAACACCUCCAUCAGCUCAGGAGCUACAGUUUUGCAGAGCUGCUCUCAGUCGACCUGCAGGGAGCAGACCGAGUGCAGCUGGAGCUGAAGAGUGAAAACUUAGUGCUGCAGUCGUCCAAAGCUCCUCAGAUCACGGCCAUGAUCCAACUCUUCCUCCAAGAAGUCAUCAGGGACUCAGGCCAUGUGGUCGCUCUGAAGAGUUUUGUGACUGAUGAUAAAAGUCUGCUCAGCUUCAAAAGAGGUGACAUCAUCAAACUGCAGCCAAUGGAAAGACUUCAGCAAGGCUGGUGUUUUGGCACGUUGGCAGGACGCUCUGGUCUUUUCUCUGAGGAUCUCACCCAGCCGUCUGCAGCCCCCGACUACCAUAACCUUCACCUGAUCAAGAGAGACGACCUGAGGAAAAGCAUGAGGAACAACGGACCUGUGAGUUCAGCUAACGGCCCGCCUUCAGGUCCCAUCUUCAGACAGACAGGCAGCACUGAACCAGAGCAGCCCAGAAGAGAGGCCUCGCUCCGGGGCUCCAGCCAGGGAUCAGUCUAUGGGCUGGAGCUCCACUCUCCCAUUGUUGAGUUUGCAAUGAAGUACUUCAGAGUUGGGACAAACGGUCUGCCAGACAGUGGGAGGGGUUUUUCACGGGCCGUUCAACACACAGAGGCCCCCAUAACUGAGUCCCUGAUCCUCUACAAUGAUCCAGAGAUCAACGACCUGUCUGUGCAGAGCUUCACUCACCUGAUGCAGUUCAUGGGUGACAUGCCUUUGAAGAAGAAAAAAUCAGAGUCCGACAGUCUGAACCACAUCCUGCUGUUAGGGAAAGAGAAGGAGCUGCUGAGAGAUGAAAUCUACUGUCAGGUCAUCAAACAAAUCACAAACAACCCAACCAAGUCGACCUGUACUCUCGGCUGGCGGCUGCUCAUCCUGGUGACCGGGUUCUUCCCCUGCUCUGGUACUCUGAAUCCGUACGUCACACAACACCUGCAAGUCAUCUCUCAGGACUACGAACACCCGUACCAAGAGCUGGCGCCUGUGUGUCUUGAUAACCUUCAGCGCUCUCUCAGUUUCGGUGGUCGCCGGAACAUCCCCUCCCAUGAAGAGAUGGAGGCAAUCAUGUCUGGUAAAACUUAUCGUCGCGUUCCCAUCAAGCUGCCCGGAGGAGUGAGCUUCCCCAUCAAGAUUCGCAGCUUCAGUUUGGCAGCAGAUGUGGUGACAGACUUAUGCAAAGAAAUGGGAAUCUCAAAUCAGGCAGAAAUCAAAGAGUUCUCCAUCCUCGCCAGCAGACUUCCAGAUGGGAUGGUGCGUCCGAUCCAUGCUGAGGAGUAUCUGUUCGACUUUAUGCUGGACGACGGCUCCAUCUCUUUAUCUCUGAGGAGAGUGAUGUGGAGGAUCCCUCUGACCUUCGCCAGUGAUGUCUAUGCAGAGUUUCACUACCAGCAGCUCUUGGGUGACUUCAUGAGUGGGCUGCUGAUGCUUCCUCUUGCUGCAGAUGGUUCCCCUUCUGUCCAGCAGGUGGCAGAGCUGUCAGCGCUGCAGCGUCUGGCUCACGGACUGAUGGACCCGCCUUCAAUGGAGGAGAUUAAGGAUUGCCUGCCGAAACAGGAUGGGCUCGAGACUAGAGUGCAGGAGAUCCUCUUCAGCUGCAAGGACCAGAUAGCUGCCAAGCGGUCCCUUCAACCACAAGAUGCCAAAAUACAAUUCAUUGAGGUUCUCAGCACCCUGCCUCUGUUUGGCUCCAACGUUUUCUUGGCCAAGAAGGUGAGCCAGCGAAGCUGUCCGUCUCCAUGCUUGGUCAGCAUCAGCCAAGAGGGGGUGCUGUUUCUUCACCCAAAAACACAGGAGGUGGUGUUUCAGAUUCUUCUGGCAGAAAUUCAGUCCAUGUGCACCCUCCGCCAAAAGAAACUCAGCAAAAUGCCGACUGUGGACAUCCAUUAUGGAAAUCCAGUCCGUCCCGAAAAAGUCACCAUUCAUCUCAGACAGGCUAAGGAGCUGUGCAAAAUCCUCGCUCUGAUAAUGGAAGAAAUGAUCCGACCGUCGUCAGUCAGCAGCUCCAUUUCAAAUCGCCUGUAGACACACACUUUCACACAAACAUUUCAGAUUCACACAUUUCAGACACACACAUUUCAGACUCACAGUCACACAGAGUCGAGAGAGAUUCAGUUGAACACUUUCCUGUUUUUGUGAACCAUUUUAUUAAUGUAUCUUUGUUUGCGUAUCCUCACAUCAUGAUUUAAUGACAUGGAAUGAUUAUGACCGUGAAUGCACAUCAAUAAUGCAGAUAUAUUUUCUCAUGUUAUGUUGAAAACUUGCACAUGAUUAAAGAAACUUAAUUAGAGGCAGUAAGGAUCAAAGUGAUUCACCACAUAAUGUUUAAAGAUCUUCAUUGUUAAUUUAAGUAAUGCUAGUGCAAGUGAUUUUUCAAUGAUGUCAUGUAAUAUAAGUGGGUAAUUUAUAAGUAUAAAAGAAAAAUGACUGUUAAUACAA